UCAGGACUAUGAACCUGAAGAUGAAGAUGAACGUGAUUUCAACCUACGUGGACAAUUUGAUGAUAUCGAUGACUCCAAAAGAGAAGAGCUCUUGGCAGAUGCAGACAAUGAUGUCAAUGAUAUGCCAGAAAUCACUGUCAGAUUCCGUGGAGAUGACAACUAUGAAUCAGAUGACGAUUCGGGUGAUGAAGGCAAUGAAGAGGAAGAACCUAUUGUGGCCAGUUUGGAUCACCAUCAAGAAAAUGUCGAUAGAGGAACCGAUGAUAUUGGGAGCCUCAUUACUGAUCUGGAGGACCUACAAGAGCCGCCAGAAGAAGAGAUUGUAUUUGAGCCUGAAGAGCCUCAAGUAGCAAAAGUCACUCCAUCUGGGCAAACGUAUGCGCAAGCUGCAAUGUCAGGGCUGAACCUUUCUCAAGUUCCAAAGAAACCAAGAGAAUGGCCUUCGAGCAAGAGUGGCAGUUCUGCCAAUAAGAACAAGAAUCGAGUUGCGACAAGACGCAAGCAUCGAGAGAGAGAAAUGAAACCGUUGAAGAACAAGUUAAAAUCUGGUAUUUGUACCAAAGAAGGAAGUGGCAGUACUAAUGACAGUAAAGCUAUCCUUGAAGCAAAGCACAAUCUAUGUUUCCAACAGAUUGAAAAUGAGAUGAAAGCUGAUUAUGAAGAGCACGACGCUAUUCUAAUCGCUCGUUGCAUGAUGCAGAUCAAGGCCAAGUUUGAUACUGAUGAAGGUCUGAACUUCAUUCAACAGUAUUACAUCAACAAUCAAGGACUGAAGAAGUUUGGUGAUGAUGAAAAGGAUGCUGUGGAUAAGGAAUUGAGACAAAUGCUCCUGAUAGAUUGUUUCACUCCCAAAUUUGUUAAAGACAUGACCGCGUCUGAGCGAAAGAAGGCCCAAUCAGCGAUGAUGUUACUUGCGGAGAAGCAAUUCGAAAAGACAAUUAAAGGUCGCCUAGUAUUCUGA